UUUUUUGUUUGUUGGACUGACAGUUUGCAAACAGCCGGCAAACAAAAGAAGCAUAAACAAAAUCAUAUGAAGAAUUCAAUCCCCCUAAAUUUUUGAAUUUUAGAGUUUUUUUGUGAAACGACUUUUUUCAAAUUAUCGCAUAAUGGCCCUACCACCUCACAGUGCACCUCAUCCGAACCCAAUCGAAAUAAUAGCUAUAAAGGAUAUCUACCCUGGUUUGAAAAACAUCAACGUGAUCUUCAUCGUGCUAGAUGUAGGACCCGUUACACUAACCAAGGAGAACAGAGAGGUUCGUACCUUCAAGGUGGCGGAUCAGAGUGCUGCCAUCAAUGUAUCCGUGUGGGACGAACCGGGCAAACUGCUGAUGCCGGGAGAUAUCGUGCGGUUGACGAAAGGAUACGCAGCAGUUUGGCGGCAAUGUCUGACCUUAUACUCCGGAAAGAACGGAGAGAUACACCGAUUGGGGGAUUUCUGUUUUACCUUCAAUGAGAUGGUCAACAUGAGCGAACCGAAUCCGAAUCUAAGUGUGGGCAAUGCGCCUAUUCACGGUAAUGGAGCAGCAUCCGCGAAUGCUGCUGGUGCUAAAGUUGGUGGCCGUCAAGCGGCUUCUAGCGAUUCUGGACCACCGCAAUCUAUAGCCGGCGGAGGGACACCGGGUGGCACGGGAGGUUUGAAAGCAGGUCAAUCGGCAGCUCGUUUCACAUCCGGUGGAGCAGAGCAGAGCAAAUCUUCCCCCAAGAAUGCUCCGAGAACGGGCCGCAGUGGACAGACGAAAGGAAGCUCAGCGAAAAGUGAAAGGAGAUAGUCGACAAAAGGAUACAGUUUUUAUUUUUAUUAUGGCUUAAAUGUUUAUGAUAUUCAGUCGGCUUAAAAUAUUUCUAUUUGUAUAUUAUGCUCUGGAAACGUCAACAUUUCAAUAAAACGAUAACAUUUA